AUGAAAUUAUAUCUUUCUUUCUAAAGGCUGAAACAAUUUAUUCAAACAAGUCCAUAUGUUCAAGUUGUAUAGAAUAUUUAAUUGAGAGAAUUUAUAUGUGUUAAAAAUUCUCAAAGAGAGACUAAUUAUUUGGUUCUAUUUCAAUUAAAGUUAAUAUCCCUUAGCAAACUUCUCUAUAGAUCUAAUCAAAAUUUUGAAUGUCUAUCAUAUCAAAUUCAUUUAAGAGCAGACUCAAAAAUAUUUCAAAAAAAGAAGAAUUAAGUUUUAAGUUUUUAAGACACUUUUCAAAUAUUUAAAAACUUUAAUCAUAAUAACCAAGAUCAACUAAUGCACUAGAAAAAUUGCAAAGUGCAUACUGAUUUUCUGGAAAAAUAUCCAGUGCUUUUUUAUAAUAUUAAAGAGAUUUUUCUCUGGCUUCUUGAGUUGCUAUACAGUUGUAUUAGACUCCUAAAUUUUAAAGAUUCAUUGUAUUUCUUGGUUAUAAUUCUAAUGCUUUUUCAAAAAAAAACAGAGUUUUUUAUACAUUUUCAUUUUCUUCAUCAUCUCCAUGAUUUGUCUUAUGUUAGAAGUGACACCCUAGUUGAUGAUAAAACCAAGUUUAGACCAUUGGUUAAUCAUCAUAAUCAUUUAAUUUUGAAAUUAAAAUUUCAUAAGAUUUCUCAUGAUCUUAUUAAAUGA